AUGGAGGAUUGGCAAAAGUGGACGAGAAGGGAGACCAAGGUCAAGAAGCCUCCCACCUACCUCUUUUUCCCAAACAGAACACCGGCACAGACGUACAUCAUUUCAGUCCUUACGGGAUGUGCCAUCAUGGGAUUCUCAUACGUGCUCCUGGAAAACAGCUCAAGGACCCAGGGGAAAGCUGUAAAGGCCGUUGAAAGAGAUCAAAUCGCCCAGAGUGACAUGCAUAACGAGCAAACUGCAAUCUUUAUGAGGUACUAUGACAAUAAUCGCAUAAGAGGACAACGGAGAAUUCUCAAUUUAAGUGAUAAACCGGUCUCUGCCGUUUUGAUCACGGAUCCAGAGGCCAGGAAUCCCGAACCAAAGGGGAUAGUAGAAUAA